CACCGUUGGCGUCGAUCCUUGUAGGAUAAACUGUUUUCCUCGACAGAAAUGCAGACAUGGCGGCGGACCUUCGUCACGUCGCUUCCCAAGCUAAAUCAUAGGCCUCCAGCCGCGACAAGCCCGACGCUUCUCCGAUGCAACCAGGUCCUCCAAAGCAGCCGUCAAGAGACCUGCAGUCUUGAAGACCAGGAAAUCAGGCUACACGGCUUCGUUCGCUCAGUUCGCAAGCAGAAGCGCUUCGCGUUUGCGGAAAUUUCCGAUGGGACCGCUGUCGAAGGCAUACAGGCGAUAUUGAAACCUGCGCAGGCAGCAGAACUAUCGACCGGAACAGCGAUUGAGAUAUCAGGUAUAUGGAAGGCGUGCCCGCCUGGCAAGGAACAGAGCCAUGAGCUGCAGGCGACCUCGGUGAACAUUGUGGGCGCAGCAGAGCCGGAGACCUAUCCUAUCCAGAAAAAGUACCACAGUCCGGAAUUCCUUCGUCACAUCCCCCACCUCCGCUUUCGAACACCCUUGAACGCCCUCCUCGCCCGCUUCCGAUCCGAAUGCCUAUACCAACUUGGUAAUGUUUUCCGCGGCGCUCCAAACGGCGGCUUUGUACAAGUCCACCCGCCGGUCAUAACGUCUUCCGAUUGCGAGGGCGCGGGCGAGACCUUCGCGGUCAUUCCGCGCGAGACACUGAUAAAGGGUCUCCCAAAGGAGGAGCACGACCACUUCUUCCGGGCGCCUAAGUAUCUUAACGUAUCGUCGCAACUCCAUCUAGAAGCCUACGCAGCGGAACUGGGGAACGUCUGGACGUUGUCGCCCAUGUUCAGGGCUGAGAAGAGCGAUACCCCGCGCCAUCUUAGCGAAUUUUACAUGCUCGAAGCCGAGGUCAAUUUUCUGUCUGACCUUGACGCGCUGACCGACACAGUUGAGUAUCUUCUGCGUGACCUCACGCGCCGACUCUAUGAUACGCCAGCGGCACAGGAGAUUCUCUCCAUCAAGCGUGACAAGGGCCCGGAAACCCAGGAUUCAGGGGAACAGAUCGACCUUCAUCAGCGAUGGGCCGACCUGAUGUCCGGUUCCAAAUGGCGCUGCAUAACCUACUCCGACGCCAUUGCGGCCCUCCAGGAGGCUGUAUCCCAAGGAAAGGCAGCGUUUGAGUUUUCACCUACCUGGACCGGCGGCCUCCAGCUCGAACACGAGCAGUACAUUGUCAACACUCUUAACAACGGCCAGCCUAUCUUCGUCACAGACUACCCGAAAGUCAUCAAGCCGUUCUACAUGGCGCCCUCGCACACUCAGUCCAACCCCAAAGCGGAAGGGGAAACAGUCGCCUGCUUCGAUCUUCUCCUCCCUGAAGUGAGCGAAGUCGCCGGCGGCUCGCUAAGAGAACACCGUCUGCCCGAACUGAUCCAGAACAUGCGCGAGCACAACCUCAUCAAGACCUCGCCCUCCAACUCAGAGGAGGAAGCGAAUCAGGGGGAAGCGCCAUACCCCCAUCUUCUCCCGGGGGAAGAUCUGAGUCAUUUACAGUGGUACGCGGAUCUGCGGAGAUGGGGGUCCGCACCGCACGGCGGGUUUGGACUGGGCUUUGAUCGGUUCUUGGGCUAUUUGACUGGUGUGCAGAGUAUACGGGACACGGUUGCGUUCCCGCGGUACUUUGGACGCGCAGAUUGUUAGGCAACGUUGGGCUUCCGGUUGUACUAUAUAGUGUAUAUUUGUAAGGUGAAUGUAGGAUACGAA